UUGGCCACUGCCGUUUUCGCAAUUGCUCUGCAGAACAAGAAUUGUGUAGAGAACACGAAAGAAAAUGGAAAGAGGAGAAAGCUCCGGCUCCCAUUCCACCAGAGUUGUCAUUUGGGCUAAACUAGUGCCACUGAAUUCGAGCUAUUUGGACAUAGAGUUGAGGUCAACUGAGGUGGUAGUCUGCUCGGAGAUAAAGAGUUCUUUUAGUGAAAAGCAAGAAUGGUGCAAGAUAACUAGGGAAAAGGAUCAAAAUUCGGCCUUAAUGCAGAACAAAAGAUCUGAUCAGAGAAUGAUUGAUGUGAGAACUCUUAUGAUGAAGUCAUCACAACUUUUCGAGUUCAAAUGGAAAAUGCUACAUUCGCAAGUUAUGCAACUUCCUGAUGCUCUGUGCAUUAGUGCGUUGUGGCAUGUCAAUGUUUGUUGCAUUUGUAUUGUUUUCAUUUCUGAUCCAAUCCUUGUUGAUGGUUCGGUUGUUCACAAAGAUGAUACGGCCAUCAUAAGAUGUGGCAGUGAAAUUAUCCUGGGUCCUGAGGCUGAUGGAUUUAUGAGGUAUAUGUUUAAAGUAAUGCCUAAGGAGGAGCCUUCCCAGAAGCAACUGAAGCACCCUGCCUUCACAAUUUCUGAAUGGUUGAAAAGGUGUCAAGCAAAACGUUCUAGUGUUCUAUGUCCUCAAUGCAGAGCAGUUGUACAGUUUGUUGGAAAAAACCAUUUUCUGCAUAGUAUUGAAGAGGAUAUACUGCAGUCUGACUCUUCUCUCAGGCGCUCAAAAGAAGAGAUUGCAGUUUUAGAUUCAUGUUCAUCAAUCAAGUCACCUCUUGUUGUUUGCAGUGGACAAAAACAAAAGCGGAAAAGGGCUCGUGUGUUACCUGAUGAGGAUAAUGAUAGAGAUUUUCCAUGCCCCCAAUGUGGCACUGAAUACGCUGGUUUCCGGUGCAAUGAGAGCACUGUUCAUCUUCAGUGCCAAUCAUGUGGUGGAAUGAUGCCUUCCAGAUCAAAUGUUGCUGUGCCACAACACUGCCUAGGAUGUGAUCGAGCGUUUUGUGGUGCCUAUUGGCAUGCUCUGGGAGUCGCCCCUUCUGAGCCCUAUCCUGCAUGCAGUCCUGAAACUUUAAAACCUAUUGCUGAUCAUACCAUAACAAGAAUACCAUUUUUGGCACACGAAAAAAAUAGGCAUGAACAAGAUAUAACAGAAAAAUGUAUCAGGCAGAUGGGAAGAUCCUUCCAAGACGUGGUUUCAGAAUGGAUAAGAAAGUUGAGCAAUGGAGAAGUAGAUAGAACACGACUUCCAUUGCAUCACCCUGAUACGAUUACUUCCCAGACACACGUUUGCAGUGAGUGCUACGGCAAAUUAGUCUCGUUUCUCUUGUACUGGUUCCGGAUCACAUUGCCAAAACAUUUAUUACCUCCUGAAGCAGUGGAGAGGCAAGACUGCUGGUAUGGGUACGCUUGUCGAACACAGCAUCACAAUGAAGAACACGCUCGCAAGAGGAACCAUGUUUGUCGUCCAACUCGCGGCACUUAAAUGCCAUAGUUUAUUUCUUUUCUUUUUUCUCUUUAUGUCCAGACUUAUGUUUGCUUGGUUGGUUGGUUGUGUAAAUACGUCAGUUUCACUUUGUUGGAACUUUUGCAUAAAUUGGGAUGUUUUCUUUCAAAUGCAAAUUAUCUACUAGUUUUUGAAAUAGUAUGGCUUUCUGCUUCAUUAGAGGCAUCACUAUGAGAUAAAUAAGCUUUUGAUAUUGAAAUGUUUAUAGGACGAUUUAUUGCUUAUGAAAUACUAAUGCAAACAUCUUUUGAAAAAA